AAGCUAUACAGUGAACAAAGUUUUAUUUUUCUUUCUCUGAGUUACAUUUUUGAAAUUGCAAACUGAACCACACAUUUUAUAAAAAGCUAAAUACUGACAAUCAGACUGAAACUUUCUGAGGUGAUGCUUCAAUAAACAGGCCAUAAAAAGUUUUAGCUGUCAUGACAGAUGACCAAAUCGGUCUCCAUGUUCAGUUCUAACCUUGCACUGGCAAAUAACCACCUGACUCAGGAAGCAAACAGGAACACUAACACAAUCUACGUCUAGAAAUUAACUAAUGCUGUCUAAACACGUCUUUGCUCCACCAAAUGCAAAUACAAAUACUCAGUUCAUUGAAGGAGUCAUAAAAAGUGUUUUAUGAUAUCACCACAUGUGGGGAUUUUCUCAUCCACAUGUGGUGAUUUUCUCAUCCACAUCCUAUUUGGGUCCUAUACUCUGGAUUCCCAAGACUUUACUACAUCAUGUGUAAACAAAGACGAUCACAGGCCACUUGUAAAUGAGCAUCUACUUGAAUGCUGAGUCCAGUAAUAGCCAUGUGAAGAGAGAAGGUGUUCACGACAAUCUGAUAUGAGCAGUCUUUAAAAACUCCAACAAAGUCUGAAGAGGCAUUUGAGAGGUGAGGUGGGUCAUGAUGCUGUCGGUUCUGGUUCUGCUCCUCUGCGUCUUUAGUCCUGCUUUGGCCUGGAUACCAGUGCAAGACUGGGAGUCUGGAAAUGUGACGACUUCUGUGGAUUCGUCUGGCCAGUGCGUCUGCCAUGUUUUCCUCCCUGACACCACCUUCCCCGCAGACCGCGUUGAGCACAUGCAGCAAGUCAGCAAAGAUCUGAUCCUGGAGGUGGAAAUCCAGAAGAAUAAGAUGGUGAAGUACUUGGGCAAACUGGUGAUCUAUCUUGAAGAACUGAAGCAACUGGAGGCAAGAUUGACCAUCCUGGAAAGCAGUCCUGAUGAUUACAUCAAGCUGGACUUUGAGAUGCUCAGGAUUGAACUCAGAGAGUUUGAGGCGCUGGUGUCUCAGCUCAAAGACUCCCUCAACUCUUCUUCACCCCUGUUCAACAGUCUGUACAUUGAGAUCCACAACAUGACGCUCCUUGUGAACCAGCUGGAGACUUACGACAAGAGCAACCUGGAGGUGAUCCGACAUCAGUUUGCCAAGCUGCAGAUGAAACUAGAGGAGUGUCAGAAGGACCAAGAUCUAAUCAAACCAGAUAUCGGAAACUGCAAUCACACGGGAAUCUUAAGCUUCAGCAAUCCAUUGGUGGUGCAGUUCAAUGGUCAUCUCAGUUCAAGUUAUGUGUACGGUGGCUGGGGGAAAGACUCCAAGCCCAUCCGAGGUUAUGAGAACUUGCACUUCUACGGCGCAUACACCAGUCCUGGAGGUGUCUACGACUUUUACUUUUACACCAACUAUGAAAAUCUGCUCCUGAGGAAGAACUUCAAACGCAUUACCCUUCCAUCGGAUUGGGUGGGUGUUGGCAACAAUUACAUAGUGCACAGUAAUUCCAUUUAUUACCAGCACAACUCCCCAUUCAGCAUGACCAAAUUUAACCUGACCUCUUCCAAGUAUGACUACAGAGUGAUUUCUGACGCAAGCACAAGUUUCUCUUAUUCUUACUCGGACAGUCAGAACCUGGACUUUGCAACCGAUGAAACAGGCUUGUGGGUAAUAUAUGCUUCAGAUGAGAACAAGGGGAAAAUCGUCAUUGCUAAAAUCGAUGAAAAGUCUUUUGGCAUUGAGAAUACGUGGCAUACUGGUGUGUACAAACAGUCGGCUGGCAAUGCUUUCAUGGUCUGCGGAGUGAUGUAUGCCACCAGGACGGUGGAUAUCAACACUGAGGAGAUCUUCUACGCUUACGACACCAAGACCAAGCAGGAGAGAAACCUCAGCAUCCAAUUCAAGAAGUUCCAGGAGUCAUACAGCAACCUGGACUACAACCCCUCUGAUCAGAAGCUCUACAUGUACAACAAUGGCUAUUAUGUGUCGUACAAUGUGAAAUUUAACAAAGAGUGAUUCAACAUGGGUUCGAUCCUCGUAUUGUGAUUGAUACAAGUGAUCUCCAGCCACUUUUAGUCCUUAGAUCUCUAUAAAACCUUUAUUGAUUUUCCCCUGCCAUUUCCUGAAUAAAUCAAACUGAAGCAUC